GUUUCUCAAGGUCUAUCUGACCGUUCACUCGUGAAAGCUCGCGGUGCUUUCGCUGGCUGACAGCACAAUGUAUCUUCAGAACCCGAUUUUGACACCUCACUCCUGGCUCCUCAUCAACUCCAUAUUGAGAUGGCUGUGAGAUUAUCUGUGGCCAAAAGAUUUCUGUCUCGAAGCCUAUUUAUAGCGCGGUCAGUGGAAAACACCAAUGAGUUUUAAAUGGACUCGUUUAGAUUCCAAUGGGCUGCGUUAAAGUCGACCUUGGUGGACAUGAUAGCGCGACCAUGAGAUGGGCACUAACAUGCCUAACGAUUUAUAAAUACCGAGGAACCCAGCUUCUGCCAAAUAUACUGAGCAUCCGCCAUCGUCAUCAUCAACUACUUCACUCACAUCGACACAUCACACCACAUCCCCGUCAUGUUUGUCUCUUGCUGGAUCGUUGUGCUCACGCUGGCCAUGGAAUUCAUGGUAGCUUCGUCACCGGUUCCCGGUGCCUCCCCGAACAAGAUCUCGGAGCCACGGCCCACAGACACUACUGGAGUGUCGCGCGACUCGCUACUUGAUCUUCUUCACAUUGCUGACGUCGAGGACUUGCCAGAUGACGACAAGAUGGCUGGAAACAUCGGUAGCGUUCUCGCGAUAUUUGCGAAAGCGUUCGAGGAGCAUGAGACGGCUCCUGGGCUGGAGCAGGCCAGCCUGGAGGAAGUCAGCCGAGAGAAGUCCAGGCCUCUGGGGAGGAUGGAGCUCGACUACGCGGGAGCUGGCGUCCCUGCUCGCCCGUCUAAUAUGACGGACGAUGAUAUGAGAGCGACCACGGACGAGUUGCUCUACGACAUGUCUGUGAAAGACUUCCUCAAACGCCGCGCAGCAAAGGACCCCAACUGGCUGCUAUGGACGUCAGAUGGGUGCACAGGGUCCUUGGACAAGCCGUUUGGGUGGCCCUUCAGACAAGCAUGCUUUCGACGCGACUUUGGCAUCAGGAACUACCGGCUUCAGAAGCGAUCUGGGAGGGCAGUAAAGGACGAUCUCGACAGGCUGUUCCUAUAUGAUACGAGGGACGUCUGUGCCAGGACGGCCAAAAGCCUCACCCGGCCCUCGUGUAAUAUCUUGGCAGGGAUUUACUAUGCAGGCGCACGCCACUUUGGACGUAGGUUCCAGUAAAAGUCGGGUGCCACUGGCCAGUUGUAUGUGUGGUGAGGCUGGUGAGGGUCGUGGAGCAGUGUCAAGCGUUGUUGAA